AUGAAUCAAAAUAAUCAACCGCAGCAACAGCCACAAUUACAAAACCAAAAUCAAAUUCAGCAACAAUUACCUUUACAACAACCUCUUCAGCAACAACAGCAACCACCAAAUUCGAAUAUAAUGGAUACGUUAAUAAGUGGGACCAUAGAUAUUUUUAACAAUCAGUCGAAUGUAUCAAAUCAAAACAACAACAACAUCAGUAAUGAUAUUUCGAUUAUUCUUCAUGCGAC